GUGACGUAAUCACGCGUGGCGGCGCUAAUGCUAGGUUUUACCCUGCGCUACUUCACAGUCGCCUGUCGUCCACGGAGUCCAUCCAUCACGCUAAUGUGGUAAUGCGAGCGACAGAUUAACCUCUAGCUAAAAUAAACAUGUUUUUUUUGUUGCUGUAAAAUGCAUUGCAAAUCGCAAUGAGCGAUAUUGGAAAUAUCUAGGCUCAAAGAUAGCUUUAUUUGUGGCAGGCUAGCCGCGUCAACACGAAGGCCUUUCUGGCUUGCUUCGCUAGCAGCCCGCCCCAAUGCCGCAGUUUUAACGGCUUUGUCGUUUUUAUGGUUAUCUUCAAGACGAGAAAUCUGCUGCACCAACAUAACGGCGUCUGAUUGACGUUGUCCUCUUGUAGAUUAUGGCGGAAGAUGAUGCUGUGGUCUUGCAACAGAAUCUGGACAGGAACUGCUGGGUAUGCUUUGCAACAGACGAUGACGAUCAUACAGCAGAGUGGGUGUGUCCAUGCCGCUGCCGUGGUUCCACAAAGUGGGUCCACCAGGCCUGCCUACAGCGCUGGGUGGACGAGAAGCAGCGUGGCAAUAGCACUGCACGCGUAGCCUGUCCACAGUGCAAUGCAGAAUACCUCAUAGUUUUUCCAAAACUUGGUCCCGUGGUCUACGUACUGGACCUGGCAGACCGACUCGUCUCCAAGGCCGGACCCUUUGCCGCGGCCGGUAUUAUGGUGGGCUCCAUCUACUGGACCGCCGUCACAUACGGCGCCGUCACCGUCAUGCAGGUGGUGGGCCACAAGGAGGGUCUGGAUGUUAUGGAGCGGGCAGACCCUCUCUUCCUGCUCAUCGGCCUGCCCACCAUCCCCGUCAUGUUGAUCCUGGGGAAGAUGAUACGCUGGGAGGAUUACGUCCUGCGCCUUUGGAGGAAGUACUCCAACAAACUGCAGAUCCUCAACAGCAUCUUUCCAGGGAUUGGCUGCCCAGUCCCUCGCAUCCCAGCCGAAGCCAGCCCACUGGCCGAUCAUGUGUCGGCCACUCGGAUCCUGUGCGGCGCGCUGGUAUUCCCCACCAUCGCCACCAUCGUGGGGAAGCUCAUGUUCAGCAGCGUCAACUCCAAUCUGCAGAGGACCAUCCUGGGAGGAAUAGCCUUCGUGGCCAUCAAAGGAGCGUUCAAAGUGUACUUCAAGCAGCAGCAGUACAUGCGACAAGCACAUCGGAAGAUCCUCAACUUCCCAGAGCAGGAGGAUGCCUGAGGAGCGAGCAGACGGACGGCAAAGGACCACGAAGACCAAGUGUUGGCAAUGAAGACUAUCAGCGUCUAAAUGACCCUCACUCAUCCUGCCAACACUUUUUCUUUUUAAACUCCAGUCGUCUGGUCACGGUGGACGCACAGAAUGUUCUCCACAUUUAACACUUUAUCAAAUGUUAGCUUUUAUAAUAAUAAAAUAUAAUAUAAAUUGUUCUUUUAUAAAGUUCAGUCAGUGUUGAAAAAGUGUAUUAAAAUCUUCUGGAGGAUGAUGCAAUACUUCAUAUGCUCGCAGGAAGUAGAACAUCAGCUGUCAGGAUGUACUUGGGUUCCCCCGACAAAUCUUUUGUUGUUUGCCCGACUUGAUUGUCUCAAACUCUUUCAAGCCAUCCCGAUUUAGAAAGUGAAAGGUUUGUAGCGCGAGGUUGCAACGCCUUUCACUUGAUGGCUGUCAUCGCUCAUCACACUUCUUGCUGUCAAUCACAUCGUCAGGAUUGCGCACAUAUUUCCACUUGAUGCUGAUUAGUGGCGGUUUCGGCUGUGAGUCACAUGGUCAGUCUGUAGGGGGCGCCACAAGGACGAGGGGCGGGGCAAAAUAACUGCUAGGGAUCUGGGAAAAAAUCAAUUCAAAUUUGAUUCACGAUUCCGAAUCGAUUCUCAUUUUUAAAAAAUCGAUUAAUUUUUUUUACAUUAUUAUUUUUUUUAUCAAUCCAACAAAACAAUACACUGCAAUACCAUAACAAUGCAAUCCAAUUCCAAAACCAAACCUGACCCAGCAACACUCAGAACUGCAAUAAACAGAGCAAUUGAGAGAAGACACAAACACGACACAGAACAAACCAAAAGUAGUGAAACAAAAAUUAAUAUUAUCAACAACAGUAUCAAUAUUAGUUAUAAUUUCAGCAUAGCAGUGAUUAAAAAUCCCUCAUUGAUAUUAUUAAACAUUUAUAAAAAUUGAAAAAAGAACAAUAGUGUCACAGUGGCUUACACUUGCAUCGCAUCUCAUAAGCUUGACCACACAGUAUCCAAUGUUUUCACAAAGAUAAAAUAAGUCAUAUUUUUGGUUUGUUUAAUAGUUAAAAUAAAUUAACAUUAUUGCAAUCAGUUGAUAAAACAUUGUCCUUUACAAUUUUAAAAGCUUUUUACAAAAAUCUACAACUCUGCUUGCAUGUCAGCAGACUGGGGUAGAUCCUGCUGAAAUCCUAUAUAUCGAAUGAAUGGAGAAUCCUUUUAAAUCGGGAAAAAAUUGUUUUUGAAUCGAAAAUCGUGUUGAAUUGAAAAAAAAAAAUAAAAUUUGAAUUGAAUCGUGACCCCAAGAAUCGAUAUUGAAUCGAAUCGUGCGACACCCAAAGAUUCGCAGCCCUAAUUUUUGCUCAUUAGGUGAGGAUUUGAGCAAUUUCACCCGAUCAAUGCCAUUCGCUUCUUAAAACAUUCCAUCCAUCCAUUCAUUUUCUACCGUUUGUCCCUUUUGGGAUCGCAGGGGUUGCUGGAACCAAUCUCAGCUACAUUCGGGUGACAUUUAAACUUAAAUGCCUUUUUUUUUUUGCAUUUUAAUGGACAACAUACCGACUUCUAAUAUGUAUUUUCAAAUUUCAAUCUGAUUAAAAACAUUUUGAACUAUCCGAUUCAUUUUUAAAUUAUUUAAUUUGAUUAACUCUUUUUGUAGUCCAGUACAUUAAUACAGAAGUCAUCUUUUUUUUUAACGUUUGAUCUGAUAAGUCAUGUGUUAAACAGAUUUUUUUUUGUAAUUGGAAUCUAAUACGUUUUAUGACAAAACAUUUUUUAAUACACAUUGCGCUACACAUUUUUUUCCACAUUUAAAUUUGAUACUACACUAUUAACUACUCUUUCCAUUUUAAUCUAAUACACAUUCCAUCAUAUAAUUUUUAAUGUUGCACAUUUAACUUUAUUUUUUUUUUAAUCUAAUAUAAAUUGAGACGGAUAUUUUCUUUCGUUCCAAAUUUCCAUCACAUAACACACUAAAUUAUUUGAAUCUGAUUACACGCACAUUGAGAUAUAUGCUCCAGCAACCCCCGCGACCCCAAAAGGGACAAGCGGUAGUAAAUGGACGGAUGAACUAGUAAUUGACAUUUUAUUUGUGUCCGAGGUUCUGAUGGUGAAUGCACGUUUGAGUAACGGAAAAAAAAAACCUAAACGCCCGUGGUACGUUGACAUUUAACAUCUGCAUCCAACAAAUAACGUAACAAGACUGCUAGUUGACAUUAAGUUACUCAUGUAUUUGUCCUGUGUCCAUAUUUGGACUUCCCAGUGCCCUGAAGGACACACCUUCCUGUGGUCACGUGACUCUCGGACUGUUCCACUUUUUUCAAAGGGAGUCAUUUCUUUAAGUAAAAAAAACAAAGUGAAUUUUCACUUCAUUUUUUUUAUUAAUGUAAAAAAAAAAUAUCCGAUUAUAUUUCAUAGUGAAGUGAUUUUAUUUUCCAACGUUCAAUUAAGGUAGUUAACAUUUUUAAAUAUUCAAUUGCAUCAAUAUUUGAUGAAAGUAAACCAAACAAUCUCAUCGUGUAUACAUUUUUUUGCUGGGGACAAACGGUCUUUGCGAGUGUCGGAAGGGCGCCCUCUACAGGUUGGAACCACAUUAGGUGGCUAAACCAGACUCAAAACAUUGUGGCGAAAAUCGGAGCGAUCAAAUAGGGGAGGGGGGGGGGGGGUCUCACCCAGGACGCCACAGAAGCAGACUCAAAAAUUGCGAUUAUAAAUGAAUGAAUAAUAAAUAAGAUGAUUUACAAAAUAAAAAUGUCGCUGCUGAGUCUUAGAGUAGCAGAGGGUACCGCCACAAUAAAAGCUGUGAAUUACUGGUGUCAAGUCACUCAGUAUAAUGUGACUUUAUUGUGAAAAGACUCCACUCACCUUUAACCUGCCCGAGUCGGCUUGGCACGCUUUCCCUGCAAACUCACAAGUUGCUUGCCAGUAGUGUGUGGGUAUGUUUUGUGAAUUAAAAGUAUUUUCCAAAAAUGAAAA